UGGGAAUAUCACUCAAUUCAGUAUAUGUAAAAUGUCUGACGAAGAAGAAAAAGAAGAAAAACGCAAGGAUGUUUCAACUGGUACCGAAAAGAUAAAAAAACCGUCAAAAGAUGGGGCUAGUACUGAAAGACCCUCAGUUAGUUUUAGUCAAAGGGAGGACGAAACCAAAGAGCCUCCGUCUUCUUCUAUAAAUCUGAAACCAGGUCCUAAAGUGGCACCAAAACCGAAGAAAUCUGGGAUAAGUAGAUCAAGUUCCCAAGAUGGAAAUGAUGCAGUAUCUCAAAACGAUGAAGAUGAAAAGCCAUUUUUUAAAUCAUCGGAUAAAAAAGCUGAUGGAAAUAAAAAAGAAGAUGGAAAAGAGCCCGUAACUCAAAUAGAUGAAACACCAGGGUUUUCUAAAGCAAUUGAAAAGGGAACUAUAGGCGGCCUAGCAAUUACAAAAGAAGGUGAGGCACGCAUCGAAAAAGAGAUUGAAGAAGAGCAGAGAGUGACAUUGGUAGAAUCGGUACCCGGGAAAGUUCUUCUGAAAGAAUCGGAAUCUGAAAAGCCCCAAGAGUCAAGCGAUAAAGUUGAUGAAAAUCCUACAACAAGGCGAGUUCGAGAGCCAUUUGAUUCAUUUAAUAGGGAAGAAUACUUGGCUGAUUUGAUAGAUUAUGAUCGCUCAUCAGAAGAUAAGCCAGAAAAGAGCCAGAGCUGGGAGCCAGACAGUGUUCUACGGCGUCGUCUUCCCAGCAAUCAUGAAUUUAAUUCAACUUCAAGUCUGCACGGCGAGGAGGAAGAUAUGGAUUCAGUUGGAUCUGCGACCAUGCGAGGUAGCUAUCGAGAUCGUUCCCAAAAAGCCGAUGAUGAUGCCGUCCUCCUAGCUGAAGUAAUCAAUAUGGGAAAGUUAAAGGAGCUUAAGGACGAACGCGAAUCAACUAUAGGUUUUCUUAAGCAACCUAGAGUUGAUAGAACCAUCGAUGAGAUUAAAGGUUCCAAAACCACAGGAACAAGUAAACGUCAUGUUGAAGAAGUAAAAUACACGGAGAACUCAAGUGAUGAUGAUAAGACUGGUCCAGUAAAACACAAGGCCACCAUUACGAAAUUUUUUUGUCUUACGCAAGUAAGAGCUGAAGACAAGGAAAUUCCCAAAGAAGAUGAAGAACCGAAAGAUAAGGAAGAGAAGAUACCUCCUCCGGAACCAGAAGUCGAGUUGGAGGCAAAGAAACCUUGGAGUUUCCCUAUAACAGAGACGUUUUCGGAUAUACCUGGAGAGGAUCAGACAUUGAGGGAAAACCAGAAGGUAAAAUUAGGAAAAAGAAAUAAGAGAUUCAGAGCUAUUGGAAUCAAUACGGAUAUAAGUAGAAAACACGGGAGAAUACGGGAGAAUGCUACAGGACCUGACUUGGGAGUGUACCAUGAUCAUGGAAGACUGCGAGAUAUAGGCCAAGUUACUGAUAGCUUGUCCAAAAAUCGGAAGAACUAUAAAUAUAAGACUGAACCAGAUGAUAACCCCAUAGAUAUAGGACCCACCGAUGGUCAAAAAAGGGAAAUUGGAGUUAAUACUAAGGUCCUGCCAAAAACCAAGUUUCCACUUGUAUCUGCGAUGCACAUACACAAUGGAGGACAAUUAAGGGACGUUGGAACUAACACAGAUAAACCCUAUAUGCCUAUCGACGAUGGAACAGAAGUGAUUUACAUGGAGCCUAUUAAGGCGGACACGAAGAAAUUGAAUAAACUGAUUGUGGAUCCACCACAGGAUAAAGGACCCUACAAGAUGCCAACGAAAGAAGAACGAAGAGCUUAUUAUGAGGGCUGUGAAUAUCAUUUUCCUGGCAGAACAGGAUGGCGCCGACUCUUCUACAAUAGAACCCAUGGAAAAUAUGAAUUACGCCGUAUAAGUCACUGGGUUUAUACACUGAUCUUUGCAGUACUAUAUAUUUCAUUUGUCAUCAUUUUUUCGAUGGCCUGGUUCGAUUAUGUCACAGAUGAAGCUCCAGGAAAGGCGCCCAAUACGAAAAUGGCUCAACCAACUAUUACUUUUGCUCCUAUUGGACCUCGAACUAAUCCCAAAACAAUUUCAUUCGAUCCACGAAAUGAUACUGAGGUAAUGGAAAAGUACGCUGGUAUAAUGGCUCUGUUGGAAAAGUAUGGUGACUCUGGACACAACACUCGGUUUGGAACUUGUACUGCCUUUGAAAAGUUUGGAUAUUCAAGUGGUAAACCGUGUGUUUUCCUUAAAGUGAAUAGAAUAAUUGGCUUUAAAACAGAACCAUACACUAGCUCCGAUGAUCUUGUCAAAGCAAAACUUGACGAGGAGGAUUUUAGGGCUUUAAAGAGCCUUUUGGAGGACACCACAUCGAAGGAGAAUCGCCAGAACCGUACCUGGAUUACUUGCCGAACAGAUACAGAUAAAAAUGUUCAGAUUGAAUUUCAUCCUGAACCGGCAAUCAGAACAGAAUUCACAGAUAUUGCCGAAAAAGUUGAGUUUACUAUGGAUAAAGGAAAGAAGUCUUUUUUCAGCCCAAAUGAUGUAAAUCGAAUAGUGGCUCUUCAGAUCAAAAACCUUAAGGCAAACGAACGUGUCCACGUUAAUUGUAAAAUGUGGGCUCAUAACAUCCAUCAUAGGCAACAGGGUUAUGGUCAAGUUUCGUUCUAUGUGAUACUGGCUACAGAUAAAAACCGGGAAAGGGUGGAGAAAGUACUCAGGCACCAUGAUUCAUUGUAAAGAAUGUAUAUAAUCAAAUUUGUAAAUAAAAUAUGGAAAAAUACUAUAUUAUUAGUUAUACUUUUAGUUGGUUAAAAUAUAUACAUAAUAACUUAUGUUUAAAUUC